CCGCCUCUGGGCGAGUAGGACGCGGCGGCGCGUGUACCGAGUUGACUGUCAAAGUCUCCCAGAGCCCCGUUCCCGGAAGCUGUGAGUUCCGAGGAAAGUUUUUUGACCCCGAGUCUGCGAAUCCCCCACGAUGAGCGCCCCGGGCGUUCAGUCCUUCACCCAGCAGGGCUGGGAGCAGGUGCUGGCCAAAGUGAAGCGGGCUCUGGUCUACGUGGACGCCGCCUGCGCCGAGAGCCUGCACUGGGGCUGCGGGUCCGCCCGGCUCCUGGAGGCGGUGGGGGCUCCUGCGUGUCACCUGCGCGAGUUCGAGCCCAACGCAGCUGGCGGCGAAGCUGACCAGCCCAAGGCGGUGUUUGUGCUGAGCUGCCUCCUGAAAGGCCGAGCCGUGGAGACCCUGCGGGACAUCAUCCGCCGCAGUCACUUCCAGUACUGUGUGGUGGUCACCGCCGUGAGCCACGCUGUCCACCUCACGGCUAAUCACGUGCCGCCGGCGGCGGCGGCCGAGCUGGAGGGGCAGCAGCCCGUCUUCGAGCAGCUGGAGGAGAAGCUGUGUGAGUGGAUGGGCAACAUGAACUACACCGCCAAGGUGCUGCACAUCCCGCUGUUGCUAGCUCCUGCUGCCCCCCAUCUUGCCUUGACUCCGGCCUUUGCCUCCCUUUUCCCACUGCUACCCCAGGAUGUGCAUCUUCUCAAUAGUGCCCGACCAGACAAGAGGAGGCUGGGGAGCCUGGGUGAGGUGGAUGCCACUGCCCUGCCCCCAGAGCUGCUAUUGCAGAUCAGAUGCCUGGUGUCAGGCCUCAGUGCUCUGUGUGAGCAUCUGGCAGUACGGGAGGAAUGUUUUGCUGUAGGUUCCUUCAGUCGGAUCAUAGCUGCAGAUCUGGCCAAUUAUGCCCCUGCCAAGAACAGGAGGAAGACUUCUACGGGCAGGGCCUCAGUGGUCUUUGUGGACAGAACUCUGGAUCUCACAGGAGCAGUUGGACACCAUGGAGACAACUUGGUAGAGAAGAUCAUUUCAGUGCUUCCCCAGCUCCCUGGCCACACCAAUGAUGUGAUGGUUAACAUGGUAGAGCUCACUGCACUGCAGAAUGAAGAGGAGAAUCAGAAUAUGGUUGCACCAGGCUGUCUUGCACAAUCCAAUGAUGCCGCAGCCAAAGCCCUGUGGGAAGCCUUACUGAACGCCAAGCACAAAGAGGCAGUGAUGGAAGUCCGGAGACAUCUAGUGGAAGCAGCAAGCAGAGAAAACCUGCCAAUCAAGAUGAGUAUGGGGAGAGUCACUCCGGCGCAGCUCACAUCCUAUAUUCAGCUCUUCAAGAACAACCUCAAAGCUCUAGUGAGUCACUGUGGACUCCUGCAGCUUGGGCUGGCCACGGUUCAAACUCUGAAGCAUCCGCAGACUGCCAAGUGGGACAACUUUCUGGCUUUUGAGAGGCUCCUUCUCCAGAGCAUUGGGGAGUCGACGAUGCCUGUUGUGCUAAAUCAGCUGCUGCCCCUGAUUAAGCCUUCAAAUCAAAGGACCAACGAUGACUACAGCCCAGAAGAGCUGUUGGUCCUCUUCAUAUACAUUUAUUCGGUCACUGGAGAGUUCACAGAGGACAAAGACCUGGCUGAAACAGAAGAAAAAGUGAAGAAAGCACUGGCUCAAGUCUUAUGUAAGGAGUCUGAGUUGUCGCCUUUGCUGCAAAAAAUCACAGGCUUUGAUACUUCAGUUCACCUGACAUUUCACCGAUCCAAAGCUGCCGUGGAUGCACUCUUCACGUCGCUCCGGGACAUUGCCGGAGCUCGGAGUCUCAUGAAGCAGUUCAAGUCUGUGUAUGUCCCUGGAAACCAUACCCACCAGGCAUCCUACAAGCCGUUGCUGAAGCAGGUUGUGGAGGAAAUAUUUGAUCCUGAAAGGCCAGAUCCUGUUGAUAUUGAGCACAUGUCGUCAGGCCUCACCGACCUCCUCAAGACUGGAUUUAGCAUGUUCAUGAAGGUGAGCCGGCCUCAUCCCAGUGACCACCCUCUCUUGAUCCUCUUUGUGGUGGGCGGAGUCACAGUCUCUGAAGCCAAAAUGGUCAAAGACCUUGUGCCGACCCUGAAGCCAGGAACCCAGGUGAUCAUGCUGUCCACGCGCCUCCUGAAGCCCCUCGCGGUGCCCGAGCUGCUCUUUGCCACCGACCGGCUGCACCCAGACCUGGGCCUCUGAGCACCUCCUGAGAGGAUGCGACCUCCUGGGAUGGAGAUGCCGGUCCAUCACCUGCCGCCAUUCCAGAUGAGCCCCAGAGCCCGCGUCCCUGGCACCAGGUGUCCCGUGUGACUGAGUUCUGUCCAACGGUCCGGAGAACCACCCAGUGAAGUCGUUGUUGGCUUGGAUCCCUGUGAUUCUCUUU